UGCGCUUACUUCGUCACAAUUUUCUGCCAGUGUGGACUCCCUCGGCGAAGAAGUGCGAUCUGUCAAACAAAAAAAAAUCGAGAUGCUUUCUCGCGAUGGUUUUGGAUGACGUGACAAGCGCAAGAAACCAUCAUCCAUCAGCGAAUUCAGAAGAUCCGAUAGGGAACUCGUCGUCGGUCUGCCGUAAAUAUUCGAAAUUCGCCGGAACCGAAGUGCUCCGCGGACGGUUUGAAGAUAGUUUCGAAAAGCGCUAACAGUGCCGGGUGGAAUUUUGGGCCAAGAAGUGUGGAAACGGUGAAACAUACGGCGAUAAGCUCCGAUGCUAAUUUGAUAUUGUGGGGGAGAAAGAAGCUGCAGGACCAGUUUUGGCUUGGACCGAAAUAAGCAUCAAUCACGGCCUGGCAGAUUUCUUAGAAGUGAUACGGUGUCAAGAGCGAAAAGGUUGAGGGUGGUAUGAGUGACAAAGAGUUGGAAUUCAAUUGAUGAAUUCUUUAAAUUAGACAUUAGGAGUUUUUGCGGUGAAGAUCAACACUCGGAACGUUAGAUUUCUCGAGUCUCAAAAGAAAAUUCCAAUUGAAGGAACGAAAUGGAGAACAAUUUAUUGGAUGGUGGCUGCAACAGCACUGCAGAAGCUAGUAAGACAAACGAUAACCAUCAGUCAGACAAGUGCAAAAGGAAAGCGCCACUGAUGAAGAUCAAGACCUACCUCUCGGCGCUGAGGCCAUGGUCCCUGUCGGCCAGUUUGGUACCGACCUUGCUGGGGGCAGCGAUCGCCUACCGGACCAACGGUUUCCACGAGUUCAACUUCCUAACGUUUCUGUUCACGAUCUUCACCGUUGUCACGGUGCACUGCGCCGGCAAUGUCGUGAACACGUACUUUGACUUCGUCAAGGGCAUCGACAACCGCAAAUCAGACGACCGGACGCUGGUGGAUCAUAUUCUCAGUAAAGAUGAGGUUGUCACUUUAGGAGCUCUGCUGUAUUGCGCGGGAUGCUUCGGAUUCAUCUUCUUGGUUUAUCUUUCCCCGGCUAAACUGGAACAUCUGGCAUUGGUCUAUUUCGGUGGAUUAUCGUCCAGUUUUCUGUACACCGGUGGUAUCGGGCUGAAGUACAUCGCUCUAGGAGAUGUCCUAAUUUUGAUCAUCUUCGGUCCAAUUUCGGUUCUGUUUGCCUAUAUGGCCCAGACGGGGCACGUGGAAUGGAUGACCAUCUAUUACGCGAUACCGUUGGCUUUGAAUACGGAAGCCAUCCUGCACAGUAACAAUACCCGGGAUGCGGAGUCCGACAAGAAGGUGGGAAUCGUCACGCUAGCCAUUCUGAUAGGAAAGACCUCGUCCUACAUUCUGUACGCCCUACUGCUCUUCACGCCGUACGUCAUGUUCGUCGUCCUAGGGGUGAAAUAUUCCGGGGCGUUCCUUCUGCCGAUGGUGACCCUGCCGCAGGCGUUCAAAAUCGAGAAGCAGUUCCGCAACGAAGCAACGCUGCACGGAGUGCCGAGGCAAACGGCCAAACUGAAUCUGUUCUUCGGGAUCCUGUACGUGGUGGCAUGCUUCUGUGCCGCGCAGUUACCGUUCAUCACCAGAAAGUAAGACGGCGUUGGUAUGGGUUUCAAAUAGGGCUCUAGCAAAGGAAGAAAUCGAGUAGGUUACAAUCCAUGAAAGAUCUCGGAUGCUGAUCGGAGACGAGGACCUAUUUUUACUAUCUGGAUGAGGGUUUGUGUCGUUUGGUGAAAUCUUCCGCUAACUGUUUGUUCAUCGGAAAACAUCAAUUUUACCACGGUGUUUUAUGACUACGUGAAUAUUUUCGUUCAAUUGUGUAUUACUGUAAUUUUCUAAAAAAAUACAUAUAUUUUUUCUGUAUUUUAAAGUU